CCUCCGCGUUUGUACAGUGGAAUGAAGGCUCUGGCUCGUAGCUACAACAUUAAUGCAGAUUAAAAAUAGUAUUGUCGUGAGCUUUCAGUGUGGUUAUUUAUCGAGCUUUCAACAAAGGUCAGGCAGUGAAAGGUUCUAUUUGCGAGAGGAAUGUGUGGGCUAGUUUGCUAAUGGCAAUGCUAUAGUAGCUAGUCAGGCUCGUCGUCUUUAGUUUCCCAUUUCUGAGUGGUUAGAAAUAAUUGUCGCAGUGAGACUCCAAAGGAUGGGCGUUUCAUUUUUAAAUAAUUGAUAAAAUCGGUUUCUUUUUCGUUUGGUUGUACAGCAGAAUAAUUCGCAAUGAACUCAAAGCGCAACAACGGUGAAAACGGGGCGGGCAGAAUCAAUCCAGUGUCGGUACCAACAGCAACAAAUAGCCCAUCAGCCAGCGCAUCUCACCGUAAACAAACUAUAAUCAACUCAUCCCCUAAGGGGGAGAAGGAUGAGUGCAUGCAAAACACGGUCCGGGACAAAAACUUCUCCAUCUCCACACUCAGAACUCGCCUUGGACCGACCAUCCGGUCCACUCUGUCCGCCGCAGUGGACACCCUUCUGGGCGAGAUCGUGGCAGUGCUGUCCGAGACCCAGCGUGAGCUGUUGACCAAAGAGCAAGAGAACGAGAAGCUGAAGGUUCGGCUCGAAGUCUCGGAGAGAGAGCUCAAAACGUUACAGGAGUGUCUGUGUAGCGCUCAGAAAUUAAUCGACCAGCUUCAGGGCCCCUUUGGAAACCCACCCAUGCCUGGACAUCACGUCUACGCCACCUCUGGACCCUUAAACUCGAACCGCUUAACCCAUCGGAGUGCGCCCGACCCGGAUCCGCGCUGCUUUACUGGAGCUGAACCCGAAUUGAGUGGCGCUCUGGGUGAUGCCAUACACGGCUUUGACUCCAGAGAAGAGUUCAAGAGCUGCCACCUCUCCAUUCAGGCGGAUGGGACGGUUACGAACAGUUUUUAUGACCCUAUAUCCGUCCAUUCGUCUAACAUCUGUUCAGACAUGAACCGACCUGGUGAGAUGGCAGAUGACAGCAGAAGACUCACGCACACCAGACCCCCCAACCCUCCCUCACACACUAGCUUCUCUGUUAAAGAGGAGCAGGUUUCUGCCUCUGGACAGGUGUGUGUGCUGGGACGAGAGGCACCCACAGAAGCUGAGCAUUCAGCUCAGAGCGUGUGUGAUCUGGCAUACGUCCAUGUGGUCGAGGAGGAAGGAGGCUCCCGUUCACACCAUCACCCCUCCAAAACUACACCACCGCCCCCCUCCAGGCCUCACAAUGGACCCUCCUCCAGUAGUUCGCCUACGCAGGGGACCUCCGGACUUAGAUCGGCCCAGAGAGAUGCUCCUGGUUUGGGUAUGACUCCCAGGAGGAGCCCAGGGGUGGACGCCUCAUCGCCAGAAGAGCCUAUGCGGCGCUCCAUCUCAGAGUUGAUGGGGGAGGCACCUGGAGAACGUCCUCACUUGUGUUUGGAGUGUGGCAAGACCUUCCGUCUGAUCUCCAGCCUGAAAAAGCACCUGAGGAUCCAUACAGGAGAGAAACCGUACCCGUGCACCGUGUGCGGCCGCCGUUUCCGUGAGUCUGGGGCUCUUAAAACUCACCUCCGCAUCCACACGGGUGAGAAACCGUACUCCUGCUCCGAUUGCGGAACGCAGUUUCGCCAUCUCGACGGCCUGCGGAAGCACCGCCGCACACACACUGGUGAAAAACCGUACGUGUGCAGCGUCUGUGGGAAACGCCUCAGUCGCCUGCAGCACCUGAAGCACCACCAGCGCAUACACACAGGAGAACGGCCGUGUUGCUGUCCACUCUGCCAUCGAGGCUUUAAAGAUCCGGCCAGUCUGAGGAAACACCUCCGUGCCCAUCAGGGGGAGCCUGGAGCGGAUGAAGCAAUAGGCAUGGCCGGUUUGGGAGAGGCGGACGGGGGAUCCAUGGAUGAUGAGGAUAUGAGAUUCGGGAUGUGGGGGGAAGAAGAAGGAAACGAAGGCGAGCCUGUGGUGGACUGUGUGUAGUCAAGCAAACAGAUAAGAAAGUGAAAAGUUCACUUAUAGUGAAUUUAGAAUCAAAAUGUGAUUUUAACUCUACAAUCAAGGUUCUUGUCCUGGGUUAAAAAAAAAACACUUUCAGUGGCAACAUAAAAACAAAGCUCAUUAUUUGACAAUAUGGUUAUGUAACAUGAUGACUUUUCCUAAAUAUUCACAUAUUAUAUCCGAUGAUGUCACAUCAUAUAGACCAGGACAAAACCACUGCAGGUCUUGCAGGCUUUUCCUUCUAUGUGUUUUAGUGUUGGAGCUGUUGAUGCUCCCGUGGGACUUAACAGGGUAUUGUAUGAUCGGUUACUCACAAUUAUGGGUGUUGUCAUUGGUGUAAUAAUCAUUUUAAUAUGCCCUCUUCAGAGAAAGAGCUAUUGCAUAGGUGUUCGAAGAUGAACGCAUUAAAGCCUUAACUGUGGUUGUAUUGCACAGGCUGACAUGUGCAAAAUGUGCAUCAUAAUAUUGUUUUAAAUGAAGGUAACUUUUUUUCCUUUUUAUCGUUGCAGGCUGCAGAAUAUUCAUUCAGUUUACCUUGGAAGUAUAUUUGGUUUAUUGAUAGAUUUAAGAGCCAAGUUUGGAGGAUGUUGUGUUCAGGGUGAAGAGUAUAUCACAUGGUGCUGAUCCAAACAAUCAGAAAUGUUCAUGGAGUUCAGCUGACUCAUCUUGUAAAAAUGUAUUGUGCAGAUCCACUGCUAACACAAAUCAAGGAAACUUUAAAAGUGGUGCCCUCGAAUGAAUGUAAGAGGGAAAGACUGUCACUGCCAAAUUGCUUUUUUGGUUGGUUCUCCUCCAAAAAUGGAGACGCUGUUUCUGUCACGGCCAUGUCAUCAAUCUGUGUGGUUUUGUGAAUAUUUUUUUCUCCACCAAUUUUUUUUCGUUUUUAUAUCUAAAAAAAAAAAAUGUCAUCUUGUUCAUUCAACGUGUAUAUUCUGUACAUAGAACUGAAAUAGGUUUAGUCUUUAACAUUUCAUGCCAGAAACUGGAGCUUUAAAAGAUCCAUGACAAGUGUUUUAAUAACUUUGGACAAUUUAAACUUUUCACUUUGUUAUAAUAUUGCAUUUGUUCCUGACUGUGCGCACAUGUGAGGUUGAAUUUAGAGCUGUUGUUGUAGAUGUUUGAAGAUUGUGUAUUUGGUUCAACAAAAAAUGAUUGCAAUUAACACCCCAAAAAAUGCUCAGUAAAUAUGCGGAACUGAAUGUUUCUCCAGCAUUAAACUUAAUUGUAAGAUAUCUAAAAACAGGCCAUUUUUGAUAAGAAAACUAACAUCUGCUGAGAAUUCCUUUGCUGUAACAAAACAUCUCUACUUGCUUAUCCUUCAGUAUGUAUUUCCAGUGAUUAUACUCUUUUAUAAAAAGGGGAAUAGUCGUCAGCUCCCUAAUAUCUAUACCCUUCAAGUUCACUCUUAAUAAGAAUGAUGUACCAACAGUAUUAUAAACAUUGACCAUUAAAACUUUCAAAUGUAUUAAUUAUUGAUAUAAAUAUA